UUGUAAAGCUGUACGGAGAACAUCAAAUAUUAGUCUUCCAAAAUUCCCAUCCUCUACAUGCCUGUAACGAACACAACUUUUUGUACCAUUACACACCUGUGGCGAAAGGGACCGUCAGGUCAACUGGAAUCAAAAGCUCUUCUAGGGCACAUCUCAUCGACUCUGGGAUGGAUAAUAACUGUCCGACUAUGUCCCUUCUCAAUCCCGCACGGAGUGUCGACAUCAUUCUCAACAUAGAUGCAUCUUCCGACGUUCAGAAAGAUAGUUUCCAACAACGUGUUUCCCAGAUUGGUUUUCGCAGGCGUUUAGAUCUCUGGAGGCGAAAAGAUAUCAGAGCAGGAAACGACUUAGCAGACCCUGAUCGUUUCAAAGGAUUGUACACACAGAUAUAUGACUGCGUACUGAUAGAGCGGCCGGAGACUGUGGUUGAUUCUUACAAGCGACUCAUCCGAAACCCACCAGCAGCUAUUACGAAUCAGGAGUGCACUAUGAAUACCUACCACUAUUACCCAAUAAGCAUGCAGCUCCGGGCUAUGAUCCCAGCACCGCUGAGUUCUCUGGCUCUUACAACCUUGUCUGAACUCCGGAGCAAAUAGAGACAAUCAUCAAGACUUGUCGCCAUCUUCCUUGACGGCGAGGAGACGAUAAAGGAAUCGUUGUUUGAUGCGUGGCAGAGGAAAGCGUCGCUGGGACAGCAGCGGCAUGCCAAGGGAAUGCAGCGCCGCAUGGCUUAUAUGGGGAUUUAAUCCGUUGUAAGCGUACCAGGCUCACUGCAAUAGGGUCGUCUGACGUGAGUUCACAUAGAGAAGCAGG